GCUGACUGUAUUGUUUAUGUUUUUGCACCAAACAAAAAAACAACUCAUUUGAAGUUCUAUCGUAGAGUUUAAUAGUUGUGAAAAUAAUUUUAAGGUAUUUAUAAUGCCACGUACCUUUUUAAAGUUAAUUUUACUCUAUUUAUCUAUUGGCUCAUCAUUGCAAGAUGCUUCUGAUAUUCGUAGAAAACAGAAUGACCAUAAACCAAAGGAAUUGACUCGUUCAAUUAUUAAAAAGAUAUCGGAAAUGAAUGAUAUUGCUCACUUUAAUGAAAUACUAGAUAAUAUAUUGAUACCGAGAGUUGUUGGAACUGAGAAUCACAAAAAAGUUCGAGAAUAUAUUGUUAAAGAAUUAAAAGAAUUAAAAUGGACAAUCGAGCUUGAUAAAUUUGAUGAUAAAACCCCAAAUAUGGGAACCUUAACAUUUACCAAUAUUAUAGCUAAAUUAAAUCCAAAUGCCGAUAGAUACCUCGUAUUGGCUUGUCACUAUGACAGCAAGUACUUCCCAAAUGAUGAAUUUUUAGGUGCAACUGAUUCAGCAGUUCCUUGUGCAAUGUUAAUAAAUAUGGCAACCACAAUGUCAUCGCAUUUAAACAAAGUAAAAGACAAUAAUGAUGUCAGCUUAAUGUUUAUAUUUUUUGACGGUGAAGAAGCCUUUAAAGAAUGGAAAGCUGACGAUUCAAUUUAUGGUGCUCGACAUUUAGCAAAAAAAUAUGAAGAUGAAGGAUUCCUUCCGAAAAUUGAUAUGCUCGUUUUACUUGAUCUUAUAGGUAGUCCUGAUCCUGCCUUUUACAGUUUAAAUCCAGAGACUCUAACGUGGUAUUUAAGACUAGAAAGAACUGAAGAUACAUUAGGCAGUAUGAGUCUCCUUAAAAGCUACACAAGAUCAGGUGUUUCUAGAGAAGAUCCACCAAGAUAUUUCCAGCAACAAUCCCUUCAUGCUGGCAUUGAAGACGAUCACAUUCCAUUUAUGAGACGAAAUGUAAAAAUUUUACAUUUAAUUCCUCUUCCAUUCCCAAGUGUUUGGCAUAAGAUCGAAGACGAUAGAAAAGCAAUUGAUGUUGAUACAGUUGAAAACUUAAUGAAAAUUUUGCGAAUUUUUAUAGCUGAAUAUUUGUAUAUCGACAUCGAUGAGUGAUUAUUAAUGGUUAAUCAACUAUUUAUUGUUGAGCAGUGUGACUUAAAGCACAAAAAUAUACCAAUUUUACACAAAUCAAUGA